GACGUCUGCUUCCUGUCCACCACGGUCCCCAAGAUGCUGAUCAACAUCCAGACCCAGGAUAAAUCCAUAUCCUAUGCUGGCUGCUUGGCACAGAUAUAUUGUUUUAUGCUGUUUUCAUGCCUGGACAGUUUUCUCCUCACUGGGAUGGCUUUUGACUGCUGCGUGGCUAUAUGCCACCCCCUCCACUACACCUCAAUCAUGAGCCCACAGCUCUGUGCCUGGACGAUUGUGGUGUCCUGGAGCAUCGGUAGCCUUGAUGCCCUCUUACAUACCCUAAUGGUGGUUCGAUUAUCGUUCUGUGCAGGAAACGAAAUCCAUCACUUUUUCUGUGAACUUAGCCAGCUUCUGAAGCUUUCCUGUACUGACACCCUCUUCAAUGAAGUCUUGGUGUAUGUAGUCUUAGUAGCUUUGGGUGUUGUUCCCCUCACAGGUCUCCUUUUCUCUUACAGUUGCAUCAUCUCUACCAUUUUGAGAAUCCCAUCUCCUGGGGGAAGAUAUAAAGUUUUCUCCACCUGUGGCUCUCACCUGUCUGUAGUCUCUUUGUACUAUGGCACUGGCCUUGGGAUUUAUUUCAGUCAAAUAUCUUCCACCCAAACAUCUGGGAUGGGCUUCGUAGCAUCUGUGAUGUUUAUGGUGGUCAGCCCCAUGCUGAAUCCAUUUAUCUACAGCCUGAGAAACAAGGCCAUGAAAGAGUCCCUGAGUAAUGUGUUCAGCCGGAAAAGCCUCCCCAAGAGGCUGUGA